AUGCCCUGGAAGCUACGCAACAGAACGGAAAAAAGGAAGCAGACGAAAUCAAGGGCGUGAAGCGGGAAAAGGGGCAAGGAAGCAACGCGGAAGGAGACAAAAGCCCAGCCAAGCCAAGCGCCUCAAUUCGCCGCACACGCUCGCUUCGUUUCCUCCGCCGCGCGGCUCCUCCCCUACCACUGCUAGCCCCGCCGCCGUCUCCGGCUAGGUUUCGCUCUCACCUGCGCGCGCGCGGCGCGGCGGCGGCGCCCGCCUCGAGAUUCGGGGGCGCGGCGGCCGCGUUUGGUGUCAUCUCUCCUGAACAGCGGCGGCCGCGAUGCCCACGGGCGUGCAGGCGCCCGAGGCGUCGCCCGGGCGGUACCAGCGGCACCGCGACGAGGUGCCCGACGACGUGGGGUGCGAAGACGUGCUCGGCAUCGACUUGGAACCGGUGGCCGACCCCUUCGACAUCCCUGCCAAGCGCGCGCCCGUCGAGCGGCUACGGCGGUGGAGGCAAGCUGCACUUGUGCUCAAUGCUUCUCGGCGAUUCAGAUAUACACUUGACCUGAAAAAGGAGGAAGAAAAGGAACAAAUAAGGAGGAAGAUCAGGGCUCAUGCUCAAGUCAUACGGGCUGCAUUACUUUUCAAGGAAGCGGGAGAAAAGCAGAAUGGUGAGAUGGAAUUAUCAGAAAUGCCCUCCCAGGGAUUUAGAAUUAGAGCGGAUCAACUUACAGCCAUGACAAGGGAUCAUAAUUAUUCUGCCCUGCAAGAAUAUGGAGGGGUUAACGGGCUCACAAAAUUACUGAAAACAAACCCAGAGAAGGGAGUCCAUGGAGAUGAAGCAGAUUUGUCAUGCAGGUUGGGUGCUUUUGGGGCUAACAGAUAUCCUCGCAAGAAAGGAAGAAGCUUUUGGGUUUUUCUCUGGGAGGCCUGUCAGGAUUUGACACUGGCUAUCCUUAUCGUAGCUGCUGUCAUUUCUCUUGUAUUGGGUAUCGCAACAGAGGGCAUCAAGGAAGGAUGGUAUGAUGGUGCAAGUAUUGCAUUUGCUGUCUUUCUCGUGAUACUUGUUACUGCUGUCAGUGAUUACAAACAGUCCCUGCAGUUCCAACACCUCAAUGAGGAGAAACAGAAUAUCCAAGUGGAGGUUAUUAGGGGCGGUAGAAGGAUUCAAGUGUCAAUCUUUGAUAUCGUGGUUGGUGAUGUUGUUGCUCUAAAAAUUGGUGAUCAGGUUCCAGCUGAUGGUGUUUUAAUUAGUGGCCAUUCUCUUGCCAUUGAUGAAUCCAGUAUGACUGGGGAAAGCAAAAUUGUCUUUAAGGAUCAGAAGUCGCCUUUUCUGAUGGGAGGAUGCAAGGUAGCUGAUGGUUAUGGUACCAUGUUGGUAACUGCAGUUGGUCUAAACACUGAAUGGGGCUUACUAAUGGCAAGCAUUUCAGAAGAAAAUAAUGAAGAGACUCCAUUACAGGUGCGGUUGAAUGGAGUAGCAACAUUCAUAGGCAUUGUGGGUCUUGUUGUUGCUGCAAUGGUCCUUGUAGUCCUUUUUGCAAGGUAUUUUACAGGACAUACUACAAACCCAGACGGUUCUGUUCAGUUUGUUAAGGGGCGCACAGGUGUGAAAUCUAUAAUAUUCGGAGUGAUAAAGAUACUAACUGUUGCGGUGACCAUUAUUGUCGUCGCUGUACCUGAGGGACUACCGCUGGCCGUAACACUGACCCUGGCUUAUUCAAUGCGGAAAAUGAUGGCAGACAAAGCACUGGUGAGGAGGCUUUCGGCUUGUGAAACGAUGGGUUCUGCUACAACAAUUUGUAGUGACAAGACCGGUACAUUAACGCUCAACCAGAUGACGGUGGUGCGGUCAAUAGUUGCGGGAAUAGAGUUGCAACCUGUGGCUGCUGUUGAGAAGUUGUCACCUACAGUUACCUCUGUUGUACUUGAAGGAAUUGCACAAAAUACUUCAGGCAGUGUGUUUGAGCCAGAGGUGACGUCACAGGAUGAUAAUACUGUUGAGGUAACAGGCUCACCAACUGAAAAGGCGAUCCUUUCUUGGGGUCUUGAGCUUCAUAUGAAAUUCGCGGAGGAGAGAUCAAAAUCUGCUAUCAUUCAUGUUUCUCCAUUCAACUCAGAAAAAAAGCGUGGCGGAGUUGCAGUGAUUACGAGAGAUUCAGAUGUUCAUGUGCACUGGAAAGGAGCAGCUGAAAUAGUUCUUGCCUUGUGUACAAAUUGGCUUAAUGUAGAUGGCUCAACCCAUAAAAUGACACCUGAUAAGGCUAAUCAAUUCAAGAAAUACAUAGAAGAUAUGGCCGAGCAAAGUCUUCGUUGUGUUGCUUUUGCUUAUAGAAAUCUGGAUCUGAAGGAUGUUCCAAGUGAGGAGCAAAGAACUAACUGGCAGGUGCCAGAUAAUGACCUGACUCUCAUUGCAAUUGUGGGGAUGAAGGAUCCUUGUCGCCCUGGAGUUAGAGAUGCUGUUGAGCUGUGCACCAAUUCUGGUGUUAAGGUACGCAUGGUAACUGGAGAUAAUCUGCAGACAGCUAGAGCAAUAGCACUGGAGUGUGGAAUACUCACUGACCCGCAUGCUUCUGCACCAGUUAUAAUAGAGGGAAGAGUUUUUCGAGAGUAUGGCGACGCUGAUAGGGAGGCAAUUGCCGACAAAAUUUCUGUGAUGGGAAGAUCCUCUCCGAAUGAUAAGCUUCUCCUUGUAAAAGCACUGAAGAAGAAUGGCCAUGUUGUUGCUGUUACUGGUGAUGGGACAAAUGAUGCUCCUGCAUUGCACGAGGCAGAUAUUGGUCUUUCUAUGGGCAUCCAAGGAACAGAAGUAGCUAAAGAGAGCUCGGACAUAAUUAUUCUGGAUGACAAUUUUGCUUCGGUCGUGAAGGUGGUCCGCUGGGGUCGAUCGGUUUAUGCCAAUAUCCAAAAGUUUAUUCAAUUCCAGCUUACUGUAAAUGUUGCGGCUCUUAUAAUCAAUGUGGUUGCUGCUAUUUCCUCGGGCAAUGUUCCUCUAAAUGCUGUUCAGCUUCUCUGGGUUAAUCUCAUAAUGGACACACUUGGUGCACUUGCUUUGGCUACUGAACCACCAACGGACCAGCUUAUGAAGCGGACGCCUGUUGGACGGAGAGAACCUCUUGUGACCAAUAUUAUGUGGAGAAACUUGUUCAUUCAGGCUGCCUAUCAAGUUGCUGUUCUUCUGACCCUCAACUUUAGGGGCCGAAAUCUUUUGCACUUGACUCAAGAUACCCUUGAACACUCCAGUAAAGUGAAAAAUUCAUUUAUAUUCAACACAUUUGUCCUGUGCCAGGUGUUUAACGAGUUCAAUUCUCGUAAACCAGAAGAACUGAAUAUAUUUGAAGGAGUUUCAAGAAACCAUCUUUUUUUGGCCGUUGUGAGCAUAACCGUUGUGAUGCAGGUGGUCAUUAUUGAGUUCCUAGGAAAAUUUACAUCAACAGUGAAACUUACUUGGGAGCUUUGGCUUGUUUCUCUAGCUAUUGCUUUUGUUAGCUGGCCGUUGGCUUUUGUUGGCAAGUUCAUUCCAGUUCCCAAGACUCCAUUGAAGAAUUUGAUCCUAAAGUGUUGGCCUAAAUGGAAGAAGCAAGGUGAAGGACCGGCUCCACCAGUGUGAAACUCCAAGCGGGUCAAAGAUUAUCAACUAUCUCGAAUUAUAGUCCUGCCGUCCUGGUGCACAUAGAUGCCUGUAUAAAUUGGACUGCUGACUUCUCCUAACGAUGCUACUAGCUUUUAGCCUGACUAAAUAUUCUUGAGGUUGCAGUCAAUGCAAGUGAGGUUCUUCAUCCUUACCGCUCUUGAUCCGAGGUUAAUUUGAAGCCGAUGUGAACAAAAUGCGGUAUUCACUAGCCUAACAAAGGUCAGCUAUACAACCAGUUUGGAAGCUCGCUAGUGAACAGUUCUGUUGGACAUGAGUGAAGUGUAUAUUCUAGGUUUCUUUUCUUAUGUUGAGGUCCUCUAGAAUUUUGUCCUAGCUACAAUAUUUGAAACAGAGGGAGUAGAUUCUUGUGAAGAGUUGGUUUGGGCUUUCUUUUGGGUGCUAAUGAGUUGUGGUUGUAGCAUGAACCUGCGUCAGAUUUUAUUGUUUGCUGACUGGGGUGAGAUCACUCGCUUGUUUACGUGCUAAUUUAAACGGAACUGGCCAGUGACGUACCAA